AUGGCUCCUUUCUACACGCGUGGAGCGCACAGAAACACUGGCCACCGCACUGCGGCUGGUGGUGCAACAGGUGCACGCAUUCAGGCCAACACGGGGGCUGGUAUCGACGCUGCAAGGCGACGUGAUCGAGACCGAGAUCGAGCUAGAGAGAGGGUUAGAGAAGUGCAGCGUAGACGCCAGCGGGAUGGACGUCGAGACCGACCGCCUCCUCCUACUCCUACACGCCGUCUCGUGGACCGCAUGACGGGAGGAGAGUAUGGUGCUACUCAAGAUAAUGCCAGUCGCACUCGUCUGACAGACAGCGUGGCGGCUCGAGACAGGCAACUUCACGUCGACCAUGGCGGUACUGAUCCACCUCGUCCCCAGCAAGUUGGCAGCCUACAGUACCGCUUCACCGGUGCAAAGCCCCAUGGUUUUACACUCGAAGAUGGCGCUCACGCGAGGAAAACUGUACACGCUCAACACAAAGACUCGAAUAUCAACAUCGACAUCACCAACAACCACAUCAACUACACCACAAGUCCUUCCACCCCCCUCUUCUGCAGUUCCCAACCCACCCAGCUGGCAAUCUCCCCACAACCCCCCAAGAUUCCAUCAAAGGUUCCAUCAUGUCCCUCCUUCUCCCUACCUCUCCCUUCCAAGCCCCCCGCCCCAAUCCGCCUCUUCAACAAACCCCUAACGUCUCUCCCCACCACCACUACAAAACGCCCCGUCAACCCCUACCGCGGCAAAGACCCCGUCAAGAGACUCGUUCAGAAUCCCAAAUUGCGCGCCAUUUUCGCGGGGAAGCCGCUGCCUAGGGAGCGGAAGAAGGCCCCGCUUGAUCGGAUGGAGUUGCGAAUGGCUAUGCAGAGGGUUUCUAAGUGA